UUUCCAGAGUGCCUGAUGGGAAGCCUGUCUGACCGAAAUGAAGAAGGAGAAAAGCAUGUUGGAGUGUGAUGAGUGGUAGUGUGUGUAGCUCAGCCAAGAGGCGAAGUCAUUUCCAAUGUCACACAGGCGGCAAGUACAGAAGCUGGGGUUGGAUCAGCUCUACCGUGCUGACUACAGAAAGGGUGAAGACUGGAGGUAGUGCUUGGAGCUGCCUAAAUCACAGGCCUCAGAGGGAAUCCUGCAUAUGACCUGUUUGUACAUGACAAGAGUGAUGUGUGGAACAGGAAGCCAGCCUAGAACUUGAGCAGGACAAAUGUGUCAUCUGUUUUGUCAUGGCUGGUCUUGAGCAAUAGGACCUGUGGUGGCCAUAGAGAGGAAUGGGAAGGGCACCAACCUGCAGGUCAGAAGGUGAUAUUCACACGCAAGUAUACUUCUGUAAAUGCAUAGACUUCCUGGAAGAAUGCACAAGAAACUGGUAACAGAGGUUGCUGCUGCAGUAGGUCCUGAAGUGGGAACCUGGUCUCAGAAUACAGCGCUCCCUGCCAACCAGCUGCCAUCUCUCCCCACCCAGUCAGUCUGGUGAUCAACAGCAUCCACGUCAGGAACUGCAGGCUGUGCCUUAGGUUUUGAACUCUUCUUGGAUGGAUAUUUAUAUUUAUCAGAUCUUGGAGGCAUCUGAGGUUUCAUGGGGACUUUCCAGCAUUCCAGACUGCUGCUUUGCAAUGAAGCUCUGAGUCACUGUCUUUGGGUCUAAGGUACUGGCUACAAUGUGGAACCCCAGAACAGCCAACCUGACUAACCUUCUCUCUAAGCAGAAGCCCAAAAUAUGUCUGGCCUGAAAUCAGAGCAAGCACUAGAGAAAGACUUCUUUGUUAAUGGAAAGAGGAAAGGAGAAAACGGUUUCCAACACGUUGCAACAGUCUUUCCACCAUUCUAAAGAGUCUACCUUCCUUAUAAACCAAGCUGUUCUAUCUAGUGCAUCCCUUUCUAGCUUUUUGCCAGAAAUUGAGCAUAUCAAUCCUGGUGAAAAAAUAAAGACGGACCCUCAGAAAAAUAGACCUGGAACUGUAAUACUCCUAAAACGGUCCAGUAGGAGGAUUAUGUCGGAAAGUCAGCCCAGGCCCCCUGUGAUCCCAUCCCGCAGGCCCGGGUUCCAGGUGUGCCAUAUCUGUGGCCGAGAAUUUGGGUCCCAAUCGCUUGGCAUUCACGAGCCCCAGUGCUUGGAGAAGUGGCGUACUGAAAACAGCAAGUUGCCCAAGCACCUGAGGAGGCCAGAACCUUCCAAACCACUGCCUCUCAGUGGAAGUGGAUCCUACAAUCUUCAGGCAGCAUUCCAGGGUUCCCAGGCUCACCUGCUGCCCUGUGAAUCCUGUGGUCGCAAGUUCUUGCCAGAUCGGCUUCUUGUUCAUCAGAGAAGCUGCAGGCCGAAGGGUGAGGGGCCCAGGGCACCAAACCCCAACAGUUCUGAUAAUCUUGCUGCUCUCAAGAAAGCUUCUGGUGGCAUCCCAACCCGACCAAGGGCUCUCAUCUGCUACGUCUGUGGUAGGGAAUUUGGCACUCUGUCCCUUCCUAUACAUCAGCCCAAAUGCCUGGAAAAGUGGAAAAUAGAAAAUGACCGGCUCCCUAGCGAGUUCUGCCAGCCACUACCGCGGAAGCCUCAGCCCCUUCCAACUGGACAGUCCAACCAAGAGGGGCCGAGUCAAGCUCAGCUCGUACCCUGCCCAAAUUGUAGCCGGACCUUUGCCCCUGACAGCUUUCUGGUGCACCAGAGAAGUUGUAUAGCUCAACCUAGCGGGCCAAAAGUUCAAGAUUUGACAUUAUGGAAUAAAGGUGGCCUCAAAGAGUCCACUAAUUCCAAGCAGCAAAGGAGCAUGGCAGUACCCACUGUGACUGAUAAGCCAACAAUGAUAAGGCAUCCACCAACAGUUGUUUGCUACAUUUGUGGUCGUGAAUAUGGAACAAAAUCAAUUGUCAUCCAUGAGCCACAAUGUCUGAAAAAAUGGCAUAAUGAAAACAACUUGUUGCCUAAAGAGCUAAGGAGACCAGAACCGAAAAAGCCAGAAGUCGGGACCAUUACUGGGGUCCUGUGUCAUCUGCCGGCCUCCAUGAAACUGUGGCAAGCUAAAUUGUUGCUCACCAGUGCUCAUCAAAUCUUCCCCAUACUUCAGAGAAACACUUGCUUCUGACAUGAGCAGUGGAACAGCCAACUAACCUUCACAACAUUCAAGUGCAAUCAUCUUUGUUUUGAGCACAUAGGACAAGAAAGGUGGACAACGAUAUUCCCUGGAUCUGAACAGUUUAGUCAGAAGAGCUGUUGUUUUAGAGUGACAUAUGCUACAUUGUACCAGUCUUCAAGGUUGAAUCUCAAGUGACUAAGACCCAUGUGUCCUUUAAUAAAUUUAGCAUUGUGGUGUUUGUGAUAUACAAAGCUUACUAAAGCAUAGCUGCUGGGUCACAGGCUCUUGCCUGGGCCAAGGAUGGUUCCACCAUAGAGUCUAUAAUUUAACAAGAGAAAGAGACAUAUAAAUCGUGAAUUAUAGCAGAGACUAAAUGAAGGAGUGUUGUGGUAGAAGAAUAACAAUACUCAAAUUUUAUUGGCUCCCUAUGUCCCACUCUUACA